GCGUAGUUUCGACACGCUGCGUCUGAGAACAGGAACCAGCCGGUUUGGGCUUAUCGCAGAGAGAUAGAGAGGCGGCUGUCAGGUUUGGUGGUACAUUGCAGCUCUUUAGUGGGGAGUGGUGGUGAGGUUUGUCUUCGCCCUGCUUAGAGUAGUCAAUUAGAAGAAUUUGCGCUCAAGCGUAACUUCGUUGAUGUUAUUUAUUUGGACUUCGGCGGGGAGAGAAAAACAAUUGGUGGACUAUAGUUAAAGACAGCAGAGCUGCGCUCCCUCACCAUCUCUCCAUCCCUGCUCCUGGAAGGCCAGUGUGAGUAACUCCUCUUUCUCCCUCUAAUCAGAGGGAGACAUUUCAGUGGACGGCAACGAGGGGAAGAAGCCAGAAGGUUUAGUGUAUUGCAAAAACGUCUUGAGAAGUGACCCUCGAGAAGAAACAUGGAACUUUUAGUGGUGCACCCGGCCAUCAAAGCCUUCAUGUGUGGCUCCCUCAGUGGAACCUGCUCCACGCUGCUGUUCCAGCCUCUCGACCUGGUCAAGACCCGUCUGCAGACUCUGCAGACCGGCGUGCAGCCUGGUUCGGGCAGAGUGGGGAUGGUGUCGGUGCUCCUCAGUGUGGUGCGGACAGAGAGGCUGCUGGGACUCUGGAAAGGAGUUUCACCGUCCUUCGUCCGGACCAUCCCAGGAGUUGGGAUCUACUUCAGCACCUACUACUCUCUGAAGCAGCACUUCUUACAGGACAGAUGCCCAGGGGCCGCGGAGGCUGUGCUGCUGGGGGGCGGAGCCCGGACGGUGGCGGGGGUAGUGAUGCUGCCGGUUACUGUCGUCAAGACACGUUUUGAAUGUGGCAGGUACAGUUACGGGAGUGUGAUAGGGGCUCUGCGCAGCGUGUGCCAAACUGAAGGUCCCGCGGCUCUGUUCUCCGGCCUCAUGGCCACUCUCCUCAGAGACGUUCCUUUCUCCGGCAUCUACGUCAUGUUCUACAGCCAGACCAAAGCCUCACUCCCCAAAGAGAUCAGCACGUCUCCUGCGGCUCCUGUGGCUAACUUCAGCUGCGGGGUUCUGGCUGGCGUGUUGGCCUCCCUCAUCACUCAGCCUGCUGAUGUGGUCAAAACACAUGUCCAAGUGAAUCCGCAACUCAAGACAGCAGAGGCCAUCAGAUACAUCUAUAUGGAAUAUGGACUCCAAGGCUUCUUCAGAGGGGCCGUUCCUCGGUCUCUGAGGAGGACCAUGAUGGCGGCCAUGGCGUGGACCGUUUAUGAACAAAUGAUGGCGCACAUUGGGCUGAAGUCCUGAAAGUGAUCAAUGUUGAAAAUGUUGUAAAAGGAAGAAGAGAUAUAGAUGGAGUUGCAGUGAAUGAGCGCACAGGAAGGAACUGGAACUACUGCAGUGCUCGUUAGCGUGUCAGAAGCUUUCAGUGACCGAUUUCACUCAGAGUCUAAGAGACAUGUGGGAGGUCUCCUGUACAUUUAGUGUCUUACCGGGUGUGUCUGAAGGUCAGAAUGUGCAAUAUAACUUUAAAAAGACUUUCAAUAUGAUACAAAAAUGCUCUGAUAUUUUUCUACUGCACUACUAAUUACACAAACUUUGGUGAUUUUGCUCCAACUAUUUGGACCAUGUUUGAGAAAUCCCUUCAGAGUUUUGCGUGUGCUCCUGGGGGGCUUUUUGUGACAAAUGGUUUCUUCCUUCUUGUUGUAAAUUCACUUCCACAUAUUUAGGAGUCUUCGCAAUCUGCAGGUUAAACUUGGCAGAUCAAAUGCUUUUGAGUGCAGAUUAACUGGGAAAUGUUCACUACACACUAGCCUGGCUGUUGUAGGGCUACAAAUAAGAUUUGGACUGUAUGCAGAAACAAUGUCUGUGUCUCUCCACAGUGUUCUAAAACUCUUUGAAUGGCAGGGAAACCCUGGUCUGAGUGGGAUUUCCAAAGCCUCAGAUGUUUGCAUGCUGUGUGCAAUGACUCAGCCCAUGACUACUACAGGCAGUGAGCCAGAUUAAGCCCAGACUUAUGCACUUUAACCUCAGCAUAUGUUCAAAAUCUAGAGAGCUUCUUAAAGACAAGAUUGUGAGUCUCCAUGUGUAACAGUGUUAUUUAUAUUCUGAUACUUUAUUUAAGUGUGUGCUCACUUGACACGUGCAUUUGCCAAAAAUUCAUCUGCCUUAAAAUGUCUUUGGAGUUUUUUGAUAUUUGUUAAAAGUGGUUUUUCAUGCAGACGUUUUCACUUUUUAAACAUGUCAAACAAAAUAAAGUUAUUGGAAAAUUUCA